ACUAAAUAGGAAUACAAAUAUAAGUACUUAAACCAAACAAAAAAUGGCAAAAUCUUCUUGCACAGGCGCUCUCAAGCCUGCCAUCGUCUAUCAGAAGUUAAUGGUGGAAAACUUGACCGUUGUGCGUCCGCCUAUAUUAAAGAUCUAUUACUGGGAGAGUUUCGAUAUAACAGGUCUCAACAAGAAACUGCGGUCUAAUAAGAAGGAGCACGAACAUGUUCUCACUAUUCCGAUACGUCAAAUACAAAGUCAGCCGCUGAAGAUGAUCUUCUGGCUGCGGAACAUGUCAGCGAAGCCCCUCAACAUUAAACUGAGGCGUAUUCAGAAUUGUCAGUGCCAACCACAACAGACUCGAGUGGGGUUUAAUCAGUUCCAAAAACUCUUCCAUUGUCCACAUCGUCGGCUCAUUAAUGUGAGCCAAGAAAUUCUAAAUAUGCAACCAGAUGAAGUGCUGCCUCUGAGCGUAACUGCUCAGUUCUAUCUCUACGGCGAGCAUUAUCUAACCUACGAACUAACCACUGGCGAUGAACGCAAAUUCGAGUGGAGCUUUAAGCUACAGAUUUCGGAAUUUGAUUUGGAGAAAUGUUUGCUCACCAACGAGCUUCUGCCCAUAAACAUCAAACAAUUUCAGCACAUUACACAACCGAUUUGGGUCCAGAAUAUAACCAUGGCACAUCUAUCAUUCGCCUUCUCAUCACGUGAACGCAACUGCAAGUUGCACAACUCGAAUUUAACAGUGCCUCGCCAAAGUGUUUGGCCUCUGCUCAUUGAGUAUCGUCCUCUGGACUAUGACAAUGAAAUCGAAGGAAACUGCGAACCUUGCGGCGGAGUCGGCACCGAUGUAGUUGAGGGAGCUGGCGGGGAUGGUUUACCCACGACACCAACUGCGGAGCAACAGAAAGCUGCGGAGCGGGAGGAGUUAGUGAAGCGUUUGUCCAACAAGCGCAAACUGAAUGCCAAUGAAAUUAUCGAGCUGAGCAUGGCCAUUGAUCAUCGCAUCACCAUAUUCGAGAAGCUCUUCUGCACAAUACUAUACACAAAAAAAAAAAACUUUAUAGAAAAUAUAAUUAAGAAUUAAAAGAGAUUCCGCGCC